GUUGCCGCUGUGUCGCCUCCCGGGCUGCUGCUCCCGGCUCAUCCCGGGACGGCGCUCAGCCCUGUGGGCAGAGACGGAGCCGUCGGUUGCCGCUUCCAGGAGAAACGGCCGCCUCUUCCCAGCAGAGCAGGCUCCAGUUCAACUUGGUCCUUCCAGCCGUGAUUAUCCCAGGCUGCAGGAGAGCAGCAAAUGGCCACAGCACAUCGGUGUCAGGAGCCCGUGAGCUUUGCGGAGGUGGCCGUGUAUUUCAGCAGGGAGGAGUGGGCGCUGCUGGACCCUGCGCAGCGAGCGCUCUACCGGGACGUGAUGCUGGAGACGUACCAGUGCGUGGCCUGGCUGGCGCCACUUCCAGGCCCCAAACCCGGGCUGAUCUCCCUGCUUGAAGGAGGGGAAGACCCCUGGAUCCCAGGUGUGCGUAGCCCAGAGGCCGUGCCAGGAGACCUGGGCCCAGCAGGAAUUGCGAUUACGGAUAUACUGGAGGAUAUGCAGGAAAGUGGUGUGGCCGAAAGGCGGUGGGGUAGUGCCUGUGUGGGGGAAAUCAGAAGGGAUGUUGCAGGAGGCCUGGAGCAAGGUCAGGGUGAGCACAUCAAGAAGGCACUGGGAGAGCAUCUGGAAGAGAAAGGAAGGAGCCCGCUGGGCUUCAACAUAGGUGAAAAGCAGGCUGAAGGACCCAGGAGCAAGGAUGUGUGUCAGAUGAAAAAGCAGAAUCCAUGCACUGAGUGUGGGAAAAGCUUGGAAAUAAAUUCCAGUGUCAUUAACCACCAGUACAUGCACACAACGAAGAGCCUGUACAAGUGCUCCGAGUGUGGGAAUAGCUUCGAACGGAGAGCCAAACUAACACGCCUCCAACGCAUUAACGCAGGAUGGAGAGCCUACAAGUGCUGUGAGUGUGGGAAGAGCUUCAGCAGAAGUUCCCACCUCACCUGCCACCAACGCAUCCACACAGGAGAGAGACCCUUUCAGUGCUCUGAGUGUGGGAAGGGCUUCAACAGCAGUUACAACCUUACCUGCCACCAACGCAUCCACACAGGAGAGAGACCCUUUAAGUGCUCUGAGUGUGGGAAGUGCUUCAAACGCAGUUAUGAAUUGAAGUUGCACCUGCGCAUCCACACAGGGGAGAGACCCUACAAGUGCUCUGCUUGUGAGAAGAGCUUCAAAAGCAAUUCUGAAUUGAAGCAGCACCAGAGUACCCACACAGAGGAGAGACCCUACAAGUGCUCUGAGUGUGGGAAGUGCUUCAAAAGCUGUGCUGACUUGAAGCAGCACCAGCGCACCCACAGAGGAGAGAGACCCUUUCAGUGUCCUGUGUGUGGGAAGCACUUCGAAAGCAGUUCUGCCCUGAAGCGCCACCAGCGCAUCCACACAGGAGAGAGACCCUUUCAGUGUCCGGAGUGUGCAAAGAGCUUUAAACGCAGAUCUCAUCUCAACACUCACAAGUGCACCCACAGAGCACAACGGCUGUAGAAGCUCCCCAAGACUAUGGGAACCUUCCAAAGCAGUUCCAGCCUCGUUACCUUCCGGCACUGCCACAGAAGGUACAGAUCCUGCAGAGCCUCAAACUUGUGAGGAGCUUCAGCCAAAACCCCAGCCUGGUUACGACCUGUGGCUUUGUGUUUUGAACCUUACAAAUCCCUUGAGUAGAGGAAGAGCUCGGCAGCCAAAAUCCUUCUUCUCUGCUGCUCUUCUUUCUCCUCUUUGGAUGCGAAUUCUGCAUGUUGCUCUCUGUCAGCUGCAGUCAAGGUGUUGAGCGGACACUCAAAGGAGAGUCCAGAGUGGGAUGUGUCACAGCCACUGGAAACCCUCUGCCAGGUGGCACGUUUCUGCCAGGGCAGUGUGCAAGGACAGUCACCUCUUAUCUCCCCUGUAGACACUCACCUGCUGUGGGGCAACAGGUGAGGACCCAAAGGAAACCUCAGCUGGGCCGAUACGUUGCCAGGAAGGAAGAAAUUCUGUUGGCUGGGAGUGUGGGAAGAGCUUCAUCUGGAACUCAACCCUCAGGAGACCCCAGAGAACCAACGCCGGGGAGAGUCCCUGUGAGUGCCUUGACUGCAGGAAGAGAUCCGUCCAGAGCUGGGAGCUCAUCACACACCAGUGGAUCCACGUGAGGAACCCUACAGACGUGCAGCCUGCAAGAAGAGCUUUGGCCACAGCUCAAACCUGCUGA